GCUAAGCUAUACUUUGAAAGUUACUGACAGGAUAGUUUAAGCGAAAGGUACCAGCGAAUCACUAAUAUAGAUGGGUGUUGUUCUCAGUUAGAAACUGUUACCUCUCCUAAAUUGGAACCGUAAACAAUUUGAGAUGGAGUUACCCAGCUUAGCGUUUCUUUUUCUCAAAAUUCUCACUUCCCAUUUCUUUAGUGAAGUUUAUCAAAAUGGGUGUAUCUGCAUAUGACAUGUCCAAACUCAAAAAUGUAUAAGCCCCUUCUUUCCCUUACUGUUCAGUAUAGAGGAGAAGGAAAAGUGAAAAUAAUUUUGAAUAUAAGUGGUUUCAAUCAAGACUGGUAAUUUUUGGUGUAUUCGUGGUUUCAAUCAGACAGUCAUUGAGAAAUUCGAGAACUUGAAAUACUGGAAUGGAUCUGAACCCUAAAUUUGACAUUUCUCGCGAUUCUGAUUUUUCUCCCUCUUUUUUUUUUUUUUUUUUUUUUUCUUUUUUUUUUUUUUCUGUCAAUGUUCUUUUCUUGAUGUAAUAAGAAGAAGAAAAAUAAAUUGAUAGGCAAGUUCGUAUGUUCAAAAUGUCCUGCCUAAAGUUUUAAACAACCAAGUAGUUUAAUUUCCCUUGUUCUCUAUUAACUCAUUUCCUUUCUCUAUCAACUUUCUUUUGGCUUGAAAAAAGAAUAAAAGAAUUUAUAGGCAAGUAUGACAAUGUUUUGGAGUAGUAUAUUUCUUAAUUCCAUAUUGCCCAAAAAGUAAAGAUAAUAUCCCAAUCCAAUCGGAGGCAGCCCAUGAAUAUUCCUUGCCUAAUUUGACACUCCAGAACUUCAGCUGGAAGGCCUAUUUUCGAAGGAAAGCAUCCCAUACCGGUGCCUUUCUUCAGCCAAGCUGCUGACAUGCAGACACAAAAAAAAAAUAAAAAAAUUGCAGCAACCUGUGACGACCAAGCCGGUAAUGGAGAAGGUUUCCAACACACCCCUGUCUUGUGCGCUUGGCGCAUUGCUUGUCCUUCUUGCACCAAUUUUCCUUCAAGGUAAGCAAGUGACACAUUAUUUCAAUAACACUUGUUUUAUAGUUAGUGUACAUAAUUUAAACUUCUCUUUUGUAAUAGGAGUUGAAGGAAAUAUUGGUGUCAAUUAUGGUACAGUGGCCGACGACCUUCCUCCGCCAGUCCAAGUGGCACGGUUUCUCCUUGAAUCCACCUUUAUCCGUCGCGUGAGGCUCUUUGAUGCCAACCCAGAAAUCUUGCAAGCCUUUGCUCACACUGACAUUGCAGUGACUAUAAACGUCCCAAAUGACCUAAUUCCACACCUUACCAAGUUGAGUAUUGCUCAACAAUGGGUGGAACUUAACGUCCUGCCUUAUGUCCCCGCCACCAAUAUAGUGAGAAUACUUGUUGGCAAUGAAGUAAUUUCAACUGCCAACAAGUUGCUAAUUGUGAGCCUAGUCCCUGCUAUGGAAACGCUCCAUGCUGCUCUUGUUGAAAAGUCGUUGGACCGUCACAUCCAAAUUUCUACUCCACAUUCCCUAGGUAUACUCACAAAUUCAAGCCCACCUUCUACUGGGAAAUUUAGAGCAGGAUACGAUACCCAUGUUCUCAAGCCACUGCUUGAGUUCCUUAGAGCUACUAAUUCACCGUUCAUGAUAAACCCGUAUCCAUUUUUCGGUUCUUCUGAUAACACACUUGAUUAUGCACUCUUUAGGCCUAAUCCAGGGGUCUUCGACGAGACCACACGACUCACGUACACGAACAUGUUGGAUGCGCAAUUGGACGCAAUUUUUUCAGCCCUGAAGCUCCUGGAUUUUGAAGACAUCGAGAUUGUCAUAGCCGAAACUGGAUGGCCAUCGAUAGGAGAUCCAGGGCAAGCAGGAGUAGAUGCAGGAAGCGCAGCGGAAUACAACAGAAAACUCAUACAACACGUGAUGUCUGGAAUUGGGACGCCCCUAAUGCCCAACAGGACAUUUGAAACCUACAUUUUCGCGCUCUUCAAUGAAGACUUAAAGCCUGGGCCAACAUUUGAAAGAAAUUUUGGGUUGUUCAAGCCUGAUAUGACGCCAGUCUAUGAUAUAGGAAUUCUGCGUCCAAUGGUAACUAAUGCCGCCGAUGCUGCUGCUGAGACUGAUCAUAGUCGCACUAAUAGUUGUACAAAUCUGUUAAUGCUUCUGUUAGUGUGCUUGACGUGUUUGUGAAAUUUCCUCUGGCUUCCUGGCAAAAGCGAAAUUUCCAUGAUACCCGACGACACCAAGGGUUGCACCGAUGAAUCCAACAACACCAGCACCUGCUAAGGGAAAAACAUGGUGUCUUCCGAAAUGAGGGGCAAGUAAGGAAGCAUACAGAGGAACAUUGAUUAUGUCUGUGGAUUGGGUUUCGACUGCAAACAAAUCCAAUUUGGGGGUCCGUGCUUUCUUGCCAACACUGUUCGAGCUCAUGCUGCGUAUACCAUGAAUGCUUACUAUCUGGCUAGCUGGAAGUGUUAAAGAAAUGGACCUUAGGCUUGACCCAACCCCGAAAACAUGAUGUGGGACUCAAGUUGGAAUUGCUAAUUUGCAAGACAAAAACAAUACUGAAGCAAAAAAGAGCAGAAAAUACUCAGUAACAUAUUUUCAAUCUCCUGCACCAGCUCGGGCAACUUAUCAGGUGGCAACACUGCCAAUGAAUGCAAGGAUUGAAGUCGAGUGCAUAGCAACAUUAUGAUUUCCCCUUGAUGCAUUCAACUUCUGAUGAGGAGAAAGUCUUUUGACUUCCUAGCUAAAUUUGUUAGAUUUAGCUAAGCGGAAAGUUAACUAUUAGUUCAGGAGCUGUUGUUGAUCUUAUUUUAGCUCCAGGAAAUAAACGCUAUCUAACGUACUGUAACUCAGGGGCCAUGAAUAUUACAUGUGAUUGUGCUACACUACGUGAAGAAAGAAACUUAGUGAUAUUUUGGCCCUACUAUAUCCUGUUUAGUCCUUGAAGAUAGCCUUAUUAUACAUUAGGGACAAUGUUAAAGACUUAAAGAAGGAACAGAAACCAUUACAGAGAAAAAGAUGUGCAACAUUGAUGGAGGCUAUUAUGAUUUGACUCAAAAAUGGGGUCCUUAACAAGUUCUAAUCCUUACUAGUCUUCAAAU